AUGCCUCCUCGCGCGAAGAAACAGGUCAAGCGCAAAGGUUCGGAGGCAUCUAAGCCUCAGCCUAAGAAGCCUCGAGCAGCAGAACCUGUUGAGGCAUCCAGCACGCCACUUGUAUCGCUUCAUCUAGAUGGAACAAGCACUGAUGAACCUGGCAGACGUUCUGGCCGCGCAAAUGCAGGAACGGGAGGUAGGAAUGCUCAGUUAGAGAAGAUUGGCGCGUUAUUGGAGGCUCCUUCUCGGGUACACCGACCUAAGGGCUCUACGUCCCUUGAUUCUGCUGUUCCUGUCAACCCUCAGGCUCCAGAACUACCUCGCAAGGGCCGGACCCGUCAUCCAGAGGCUGCGCCCCCGCCAUAUAGUUCAUCGGCUACUACAAAUGGUACCAACACCUCAUCCAUAGAUGUCGGUACCAUGGAACCUUUACAACCUCUCAACCCCUCGAUCCGUCAGGCUGGAGGAAGAUUCGGAUUUGCUACGCAUGCACCUACUGUCCCUCCCGACCCAGAUCCAAACAGCCUACCUCCCGCUGUUGCGAAGAAAGUCGCUCGGAUGCCAGCUCGCAAAAUCGCAACCAGCCCUGGUGUAGCUGAUUCGGUUGCACCGCCAGCUGGCUUUAUGGACCAGAACAUCGACCCAGCCUUGCGUGGCGUCCAUCCGGUCGAGCUUCGAUCAUCUGAAGCGAAUAUCAGCUUCGAUAAAGACGAUGACGAGGUGGGCGAGGGGGACAACGAGGGGGACAACGGCGAGGAGGACAACGACAACGACAACGACGAGGAGGACGAGGAGGACGAGAUAAGUCACCAGCAGAUUGGCUGGGGGGGGGUUGGUGGACGUCGCACUGAACAUCCAGGAUUUUCUGGGCAUGAGCCCCCUUCACAACCUCGAGUCACUCGUCCACCUACACCGGAAUUUGAUUUCCAAUAUUCCCGCGAUGAAGAUGACGUAGUUGCGCAGACCAGUGUCUCACAUACGGCUGAUCCUUCCAUGCCGUCCAACCAGCGGUCCAGCAGUUCACCGGCUCCUCCAGGUGCCUCGCCCACGCAGCUACAGACGCGUGAAGUUCAGGUCAUGAUGUUGCAGCCCGACGACGUAUUGAGACGCCAUCACAAGAAGAACGGCCAGCCAUGUCUUCCCGAUCCUGAAACCCUGGAGUUGUUGCACCAAGUCGAGUCUGACGAGGACCAACCAACACGGCGGUCUAGGACUAAACGAUCAAGGAAACUCGAUGGGCCAAGGCCUACCCAACUAGCAUGGUAUGGUCCGCGAUGGAAAUGUUUUCUCGAGGACGCUAAAGGAGAAUGCCGCGCACAACAUGCCCUGGAGAAUGCCUUCCCAGCUUUAGUUGCUGAUUUACCGUCAUCUGUGAGCGAGGUUCUCGUUUCAGUCUUGAUUGCAUGGGACCAGGACGGCAAACAAUUUGAAGCUGGGAUUUGGCCACAACAAAAAUCCAACAUGGCUCGGCUGUUAUACGAUGAUCUUGCAACCUGGCGAUCUGAUUUGAAGAAAUCCGCUGCGAGCCUGGCGCCCCAAUUAUACUCACUCAUUCCCCCGCCUUCGGUCCCCAUUCACGAACACGCAAAGUGGAUAGAACAUGCUGCUGCUGCCUUAAUCAAAGGGUCACUCUUCCUGCACUUUGGAUUAGACGAACGUGGGAAAACAAGGAAUUUUGCACAUCCCGCACUUCGUGAACUUGUCAUCGUCUUCUUUUACACGGGGCCUUACCGAAUCGCACGCAGGCGACCAGACAUAUUCCGCAAUCAAUUGCCUGCGUCAUGUCUAGCUCUGGUUGGCGCAGCGGUAUACAACUGCAUCCUCGACGGUCUCGCGAAGAACGGUGAUGGAAAAUACUACCCGAUGUUUACUGUGAAGGAAUACAGCCCUGUCUACUCCAAGAUGAACAAAAUGCUCAAGGAUAUUCUUCAGGAUCCGUACCAUGGCCCUAGGUUGUUGGCGCAGCUGCGGGAGUGGGCUGAAGCUGGAUGGCGAGAAUGUUGCUUUUGCCGCAAGUUUGAGGCUUGACGGAGCUGUGGGGGCUCGACACGAUCACCUGCAGAUCAUUCUUGACUGAUGCCUUCAUUUCCACGUGUCCGAGUAUUUCUGUUUCCUGUAUUAGAUUACCGCGUUGUGUUAUCUCGCUUAUCAUUCUGUUAUC